UUUCUUGAUUUUACUACUCAACUUUUUGGCUUAUUAAAAGAAACUGAAGAGAACUUAGUUAACCAACAGCUAAGAUACGGGACAUCUGGUUAUCUAACAUUAUUUUGUGUAAUUCUUGGUACAGUUGGUAAUUUACACGGUAUCAAAUCUAUUCAUUUGUCAAAUUUUGAUAAAAAUCGAGGUGUUGUACUAGCCGCAUCUAUCAUAGCGUUGGCAUUCUGGGAUACAAUUUUACUAUGGUGUGCUGUGUUUUAUUACUCCAUCGGUGCUUUACUGAGACCGUAUAAUUUGGAGAUGCCGACGCUUAUCAUACCAUGGUUUCAAGGCUGUGCGCAAAUAUCACUAACUGCUUCUGUUUGGUGCGUGGCUGCAAUAACUGUGCAGCGUUGGUGGGCAAGCAGGGAUCCGUUCAGAGGUUCUAGAAACUCAUCACUAUCAAUGAUCUACUGUUACACCUACAGACGCCAUUUUAGAAUGCCGAUAGUUCUUUCUACUUUAGCUAUAAUAGCCAAUUUGCCUGCUUUUUUUGAAUUAACUUCGAUUAGUUGUUUGCUGGAAGAUAAGACAUAUGGUACUAUGCAAACUUUUUUAGCUAUAACAGUUUGGACAAUAUUCCUAAUACGUGGAUCUAAUCGUUCUAGAAGAAGGUUAUUUCAGAUGAGCGACAUUCUUGAUUUACUGGAAGUAACUGGUUUUUGGAAUGGUUCAUUUAUGUAUGCAUCUGAUCUCAGCAACUUUCUUGUCGUAGCCAAUAGUGCAACUAAUUGUGUUAUAUACCUGAAAGCUGCGGAUUGGUUGAAAAAUAGAAUGGAGCGAAGAAACGUAUCCAUUAGAAGGCGCUGUGCAUUGGUGACGUAA